CACGAGCGAGACGCAGAACUCUCUCUGCUCAUGAAGCUGCUUGUGUAAAGUGAAAAUGCAAACCCUCCUUCAACCCUGCAACUCCGUAUCCUCUCUUAGCUCAUCUCCAUUCUCAGCAAUUCCCAUCAUCAGCAAUUUCCCUGUUUCUCUUUUAGCCGUCCAAGCUCGACGCUAUUCCCUUCGCGAUUCUUGCCUUAUCCCCUUCUCUUCUUUGUCUCUACUCUCGUCUACCAACUUCUUCACGAGCCCUUCUUCCCAUAGGACCACCCAUGUCGCCCUUCACUCUCAAAACGACAUCUUUGAUGGUUUCUCGAUAACCCAAUCGCCUCAGAAGCCCGAAAACGAAGAGCUCGAGUUGCGAAGCAAGCCCUCCCCAGUUUACAUAGAGGACGGUUCUGCCGCGGAAACGGAGGAAUCCGCCGGUGAGUCCGGCGAAGACGAGGCUCUGGCACCGUUCUUGAAGUUCUUUAAGAAUAAGGAAGAUCCGUUGGGUGACGACGAUGACGAGAGGGAUGAAGUAGAGGUUUUUGAUGAGCAUAGCGGAAGAGAUAGUGUAGAUGAGAAGGUUAGCGUAGAGUAUUACGAGCCGAAACAGGGGGAUUUUGUGGUCGGGGUGGUGGUUUCAGGUAAUGAGAAUAGGCUAGAUGUCAACGUGGGCGCUGAUUUGCUGGGCACAAUGUUGACGAAGGAGGUGUUGCCUUUGUACGAGAAAGAGAUGGAUCAUUUGCUGUGCGACUUGAACAAUGAUCCGGAGGCUUUUACGGCUCGUGGGAAGAUGGGAAUUGUGAAGUAUGAUGAUGCGAUGAGCGCAGGACCUGGGCCGGGUAGGCCGGUGGUGGAGACGGGUACGGUGUUGUUUGCCGAAGUGCUUGGGCGCACACUUAGUGGAAGGCCUUUGCUUUCAACUCGGCGGCUUUUUAGGAGGAUCGCUUGGCUUCGAGUGAGGCAGAUAAAGCAACUGAACGAGCCUCUGGAGGUCAAAAUUACAGAGUGGAACACAGGGGGGCUUCUCACGAGAAUUGAGGGGCUGCGAGCUUUCCUUCCUAAAGCAGAGUUGCUUAAUAGAGUGAACAAUUUCACCAAGUUGAAAGAAAAUGUGGGCCGCCAAAUACAAGUGCUGAUUUCAAGAAUAGACGAGGAUAAGAAUGACUUAAUUUUGAGUGAGAAAGACGCGUGGGAGAUGCUGCAUCUACAAGAGGGGACACUUCUUGAUGGAACUGUAAAGAAAAUUUUACCUUAUGGAGCUCAGAUAAGGAUCGGUGACACUAAUAGAAGUGGUUUGUUGCAUAUCUCGAAGAUUACUGCUACCCGGAUCACUUCUGUCAGCGAUGUCCUCUCAGUUGAUGAGAAGGUCAAAGUACUGGUUGUGAAGUCAAUAAUUCCCGAUAAAAUCUCUCUCAGCAUUGUGGACCUUGAAAGCGAGCCUGGUCUAUUUAUAUCAAACAAAGAGAAAGUAUUUUCCGAGGCAGAAAUGAUGGCGAAGAAAUACAGGCAGAAGCUGCCUGCCGUAAUUAGAGCUCCCAAGUCGGAGGCCUCUGCGACUCUGCAGGUACCUUUGGAUAGCGAAGCUUCAUUUUAUGCAAAUUGGAAGUGGUUCAAAUUUGACAGUGAGCAAUAACACGAGCAAGCCAACCUCGAUGUGUUGCUACAGAGCCUCACUCGGUGGAAUUCUAGAUUUUCUGUAGCUUCCCCUUUCCUGCGAGAUAGUGUAUUUAUCCCAUUGCGAUUAUUAAUCAAUGGCCCUUUUUUUGUCUAAUUC